GUCGACAACCCGCAUCCACAUCACCAGGGUGUGGCGUGCGACGAGGACGAUGGAUGGUGGCCGCACUUUCGAAUUCGACGGGAUGGGGCUAUUCGACAAGCAUUCGAUGCACGGGCUCGAGCCACGCUGGUUGCGCCAAAGCUACGAACCCGAGUUGACGCAUAUCAAGAACGUCCUCAAGGGCCACGACACUCGAAAGAACCUGGUGUCCCUCGCCUUCCACAAACGCGUGAAACCCCCCGUGACGCCGCCCGAAAUGUUACACCAUCGACUGGAAAUGGUUGCUGGCAAGAAGGUGCCGUUCACGGUCGCGUUGGCGACGCGUGGCUGGCCGCGGAUGGCGCGUCUGGGAGUGAUUCCUGAAGGCGAUAGCGGCUCGCCCACGCGCCGCGACGUAGCCAGAAGCCAUCGACGACGGGAACCCAGGAUGGUCCGAGUCGGCAGAAGUAUUAAACUCAUUCCGUGACCUUCGCCUGACACCUGAACACCACAUCACACCGUCGGCGACACGAGCGUGUCCUCGAAGAGGGGCCGUGGCGAUGGCAUCAGCCCUGCCACCCGCUAGCAACAUGAAGACUAAGCAGUGCCUGCCGGUACAAAUGAACAGAGAUAACGUUGGAUUGUUUAACGAGACGAGUUUCAUUCUCGCGUGGUCGGCAG